AUGACUCUAUCUGACAUCUGGAGUUUCUUGGCCUUAGCUGGCUAUUAUAGGCAGUUUGUGGAAAGUUUCUCAAGUAUAGCUGCUCCUUUGUCUAAGUUGACUCAGAAAAAGGUCAAGUUCUCUAGGUCGGAUAUUUGUGAAGAGAGUUUUGAGAAGUCAAAAGUAAAGCUAACUUUGACACCAAUUCUGACUUUGCCAGAAGUUAAUAAUGGGUUUGUGGUUUAUUACGACUUAUCUAGGGUGGGCCUUGGUUGUGUGUUGAUGCAACAUGGGAAGGUGAUUGCCUAUGCAUCUUGGCAUUUGAAAAUGCAUGAGAAGAAUUAUCCUAUUUAUGACAUAAAGUUGUUGGCAAUUGUAUUUGCUUUAAAAAUAUGGUCUAUUUCUGAAGCUGAAUCUAAACAACUGCUACAAAAGUGCCAUUCAUCUCCUUAUGGUGGCCAUCAAGGGGGUGAACGAAUAGCUAGAAAGGUGUUACAAUCAGGCUUCUUUUGGCCAACAUUGUUUAAAGAUGUGGUUGCCUUUGGGAUAGAUUUUAUGGGACCAUUUCCACCAUCUCAUAGAAAUUUGUUUAUCUUAGUAGCAGUUAACUACAUGUCUAAGUGGGUAGAAGCUUCAGCUUUACAUAUGAAUGAUGAGAUAGUUGUAAUGAAAUAUGGUUUUAGGAACAAAGUGGCCACUACAUAUCAACCACAAAUGAGUUGCCAAGUAGAGGUAUCUAAUUGGGAGAUCAAGCAGAUUUUGCAAAAGACGGUCAAUGGUCAGUGUAAGGAUUGGUCUGAAAAGUUGGAUGAUGCACUAUGGGCAUAUAGGACAGCUAUAAAAUACUCUUUGGCACCUCUCCUUAUCGAUUGGAGAGGCAGCAAUUCAGACAUUGUGUCAAAGGACAAAGAACAUCCUGAUAUGGGAGCUAAGGAACAUGGUCUAGAUAAUAAUGCAGAUGAUACUGCAAAUGAUGAUGAUGUUGAUGAUGAAAUGGCUAAGGCCUAA